AUGCGGUCUGAAGAUCACCCUCUCGAAGCUCGUCAGAUUUCUAGCGGUUACUACUACUUCGCCUCGCCCACUUUCUGCGUUUCUACCGUCUGCAUGUGCACGGGAUCUCGCAUCUACUAUCUCAACAAGGACAGCCAGAGCCGCGGCCUGCACUGCUGCGACCCUCCUGAGGGCUACAUCGGAACUUGGUUACACCAGCUAGCCGGGUUCCUGCUGCCGCAUUGCCAGCGACGGCGCAGUUGA